CAGAAGCAGACGUUUAUUCUCUUCGUUCGCUGCAGUCAGUAACACAGCGUUCUCGACUGAGGGGGGUAACGCCAGUUCAUCAAAUCACUUAGCAUAUCUGAUAACCUUCUACAGCGGAUGUGUUGUGUCUUUCGCUGGCCGGGGAUUAAGCGCAAAGUGGGGGUCGCCUCUGCGGGACGACUCGCUGGUUCCCACCCUCCGUGACGGACAUCAGGAAGAAGUCAUCUUCCGGGCAGAAUGGCCGAACCGGAGCUUCUGUUGGACUCCAACAUCAGACUCUGGGUGGUUCUACCCAUUGUCUUCAUCACCUUUCUCGUCGGCGUGAUUCGGCAUUACGUGUCUAUUCUUCUGCAGAGCGACAAAAAGUUGACCCUAGAGCAGGUUUCAGACAGCCAGGUGCUUAUUCGGAGCAGAAUCCUGAGGGAAAAUGGAAAAUACAUUCCCAAACAGUCUUUUUUGAUGAGGAAGUUCUACUUCAACAAUCAAGAGGACGGCUUUUUUAAGAAGACCAAAAGGAAGGUCGUUCCACCGUCUCCAAUGACAGAUCCCAGCAUGCUGACAGACAUGAUGAAAGGCAACGUCACCAACGUGCUUCCCAUGAUCCUCAUCGGUGGCUGGAUCAACUGGACCUUCUCAGGAUUUGUUACAACUAAGGUUCCUUUCCCUCUCACGCUGCGGUUCAAGCCUAUGUUGCAGCAAGGGAUAGAGCUGCUCUCCUUAGACGCUUCCUGGGUGAGCUCAGCGUCAUGGUAUUUCCUGAACGUCUUCGGACUGCGAAGCAUGUACUCGUUGAUAUUAGGUCAAGAUAACGGUGCCGACCAGUCGAGGAUCAUGCAGGAGCAGAUGAGCGGCGCUGCCAUGGCCAUGCCUGCAGACACAAACAAAGCGUUCAAAGCUGAGUGGGAAGCACUGGAGCUGACGGACCACCAGUGGGCGCUGGAGAGCGUGGAGGAAGAUCUGAUGAACAGGGAGCUGGACUUUGAGGGCAUGUUUAACAAAGAGCUGCCAAGUGGCAUCUUCUGAUCGCCUGAUCUGAAUUUAGUCAUUGCAGGGAUGUUUUUUUUGUUGUUUGUUUUUUUUGUUUGUUUUUUCAUAAUGUGCAACGUUUACAAGCUUACGGUCAUUGUCCGUUCAAAUACUCCUUUUGCUGUGCGUAAA